AAGAGAAAUAGACCGUCUGACAUGUGUACUACAAGAAAGGGAAAGGGAACUAGAGGAGGAGAGAAGAGAAAAGGAACAAGUUAGAAACAGACUACAGCAACAACUUCAAGGAAGAGAACGACAACUUCAACAAGCACAGCAACAAGGACAAGAAAGAGAGAGGGAAAUUCAGCAGGCCAGAGAACGAGAGCAGGAUCUUCAGCGACAGCUUCAACAAGCACAACAACAAUUUCAAGAACAUUCUAUUAAUGUAGAAGAUUAUGAGAAACUGAAACUCAAAGUAGCUGAUAUAGAGGAACAAUAUCUCAAGGAGAAACAGGUCAUUAUUGCUGACAAUCAAAAUCUCAAAACUGACAUUUCUGAGAAAGACAAAGUUAUAGCCAAACUGAUAUCACAAGUAGAGGAACAAUCACAGAAUGAGAAACAGAUCAUUACUGACCUUAGAGCUAUAUUGUCUGUUAAUGAAUUGUAUACAACCAAAUUAAUGAAGGAGAAGUCACAACUACAGGAGAGAGUCACAUCCUUAGAGGAACAAUCCAUCAAAGAGACUAGUUCCAUUGGUAUUCAGUGUAUUGUUAAUUAG